CGUCGCUGGCCGCGCGCCGCCGCCGCCUUCCUGUUGCGCGCCGUCACCCAGCGGCAGCUCGUCGCCCUCGUCUCCGCCCGCAGGGAUGAUAUUGUAGAGGUCCUGCUGAUCGAUACGUCGUCGGACGAGGACGUGUGCAUCAACACGGAGAUGGUGCGCGCGGGCUACGCCGACCCCCGCGGCGACUCCUGUCUGGGGGUGAGUGUCGCCUCGCAUCGACCGCCCCGCCCGCCGCGCGCCGCCUCCUCCUCCACCUCCACCUCCACCUCCGACUCAGAGUCGGAGGAGGAGGCGGUGGACGUUCGCUCGCUCGCCACCAUCAUCGCGCACUUUGAGCGGCGCUCCGACGCCGACACCGACACCGACAGCGAGAUAUCCGCCUCCGCCAGCGAGGUGCGCGGCCCGCGACGCCUGCCCCCCUGGCCGCGCGACUUGCCCGCCGACGAGGAGGUGGAGGUGGAGGUGGAGGAUGUCGCAAGCGUGGUGUCGCACACGUCCCUGCACCUGGCGCGCAUCACGGCGCUGCACACCAAGCUGCAGCGCGCGCCCCCCGCGCCCCCCGCGCCCGCCUCGCUGCACCUGGCGCGCGUGACGGCGCUACACGCGCGGCGGACGGGGGCGAGGGGGCGGGGCCUCUUUUAGCCGCUUCAUACAGAUAAAUAUUAUUAAUGUUUGUGAGUGUGUCGCGCCGCUCCCCCCGCGCCGCUCCCCCCCGCCCCGCACCGCGCUGCACGCACACAAUCUCCCCUUUUAAAAACUUUAUAAGAUUUAGUUUGUUGUUGUCGAUGUUGAGAGUUAAGAUGUAUCGGUUGGGCGAACGCGUCGCUCCACUUGGUUGAACUCCCAACCGAACAACUUUCAUAUGCUUCAAGUUAUCAUUUUUGUAAUGUUUGUUUGGGAUCUCACAUCACACGUUCCGAUAUUUUCUGAUCACAAUUGUCAAACGUAAUGCAACUUGAAUAUAUUUACUAAAAUAUUGAAGACUACACUUGCAGUUGUUUUUUUUUAAUUAAAAUGUCGUAAGCCCCUUCUUGUUUGCGCAGUACAAUAGUGCGAGGUUAUUGAUGCAUGACAUAAAUUAUCUAGUGAUUUGAAUAUUAUGAAUGGGUGGUGUGGUGUGAUGCAGUGUGGUGCGGUGUGGUGUGGUGUGGUGCGGUGC